AUGCCGGUCAGCCACCGCACCCGCAGCUCCGGCGUCCGCAUCGCCGACUCCUCCCCCACCUCUGGCCGCCUCGUCCUCGUUAGGCCGAAGGCGGAGCCCGACCUCCCCGCAGAGUACGAGGCCAUAGCCCGGCGCGGCUUCUCCGACGAGGACGCCCUAAAUCACGGGCCGGAAUGUCAUGGGUCGGACCCGUUCCUGGGCCUCAUUCCAGCGUUCGGUAGGCCAACCGAACCAGAACCAAGUCGUCCCCGCUUAGCGAAUAUUCGCCUCAUAUCCGGAAUGCGCCGAGACCUCCAAAUCGAGGAAACCACGCAGAACGGCUCGUCUCUCCCCCAACCCUAUCGCUGCUCUCCUCCUUCCUCCCACGCACAGGUUAGAAGGGGAAGAAAGCAGGGUCUAGGUGCUACACCGGCGCGGCGGCAGAGCGAUGCACAACCAUCUCUCUUGAAGGAUUGUAUUGGAGCUAUCGAUGGUACACAUGUGCGAGCAGGUGUUACCAAAGAUGUGGAGCAUUCCUUUCGGGGUAGGAAGGCCUUCACCACUCAAAAUGUGAUGGCAGCGGUAGAUUUUGAUCUACGCUUCACAUAUGUGUUAGCUGGUUGGGAAGGGUUAGCACAUGAUGCUACUGUUUUAGCUGAUGCAUUAACGCGUGAGAGGGGCUUACAAGUACCACCGGUUCUACCUAGUUGAUGCUGGCUAUGGAGCAAAGCCUGGGUUCUUGCCCCCUUUUCGUGGUGUGAGGUACCAUUUGAACGAGUGGGGCAACAAUCCAGUCCAAAAUGAUAGGGAGCUGUUCAACCUUAGGCACUCAUCUCUACGGGUGACGGUAGAGAGGGCUUUUGGAUCUCUGAAGAGGCGCUUCAAAAUUUUAGAUGAUGCCAAACCAUUCUUCUCUUUCCCGGUGCAAGUUGACCUUGUUAUAGCUUGUUGUGUUCUUCAUAAUUAUGCACUGUCACAAGGGAUUGAUGAAUUUAUUACACCGGAAGUGACAUGGACCACCCAACCAAUUUGAACAUCAAGGCAACAAGCAAGUGGCGUUAGGGCCGUGGUAGACCGUAGGAUACAAAUGGCAGCCCAAAUGUGGGAAGAUAGACAACUAAUGUAUGCUAAUCUAUAGUGUAGCACACUCCAUGUAUUUGAACCAUGUAUUUGUGAUGUUUAUGCAACUACAUUUUAAUUUAUUUGAUGGCUGGGCAGAUUGUAUCA